GAGCUGCCGCCGCCGCCGAACCCCUCGUCGGACGCAGGCGUCAUCCCCCCGCUCACGACGCCCGAAGAGGAUGCGCCGUCGCCGCCCGCCCAGGGAGAAUGGGACCCGUCGACACUGCGGCCGGAGACGGCCAUGAAGAUGCUGUGCCGGGCAGUCGUGGCGCUGGCGAACAUGACGGGCGACAUACCGCCGACGCCGCCCAUCAUGCGGCCGUCGCCCAGCCGAUGUAGCAGCAGCAACAGCAGCAGCAACACGAUGGAGAGCAUGGGGCAGCGGCUCGCGCGGCGGGGGUCAGGGCCGCCGACCCCCGUGCCGUCGGACGACCUGCGCGCGCCGUCGUACCGCUACAUCGACGUCGGCAGCCCCGAGGCCAUGUACCACGAGCCGUCGGCGCGCGACGUGGGCGCCGACGCCGAGAGCGUGCCGUUCCAGCGCGUGGCGAUUGCGCGCAAGUUCUUCAGCAAGAAGCCGCCGCCCAUCAACCUGCAGGACUACCUGAUGCGGCUGCAGCGCUACUGCCCCAUGUCGACGGCCGUCUACCUGGCCGCGGCGACGUACAUCCACAAGCUGGCGGUCGAGGACAAGGUGGUGCCGGUGACGGGGCGCACCAUCCACCGCCUGGUGCUGGGCACGCUGCGCGUGGCCAUGAAGUCGCUCGAGGACCUGCGCUACCCGCAGGCGCGCUUCGCCGGCGUCGGCGGCGUGCGCGAAACCGAGCUCCAGAACCUCGAAAUCUCCGUCUGCUACCUCAUGGACUUUGACCUGCAGGUCAGCACCGAGAGCCUCUACCGCAAGAUGCUCUUGCUGCAGCAGGCGGGCGCCCAGGCCGCCAUUGUCCGCCAGCCGCUGCCGCCCUCGUUCCAGCCUGUGCUCCCG